UUUUUUUUUUUCAUUUCAUGCUUAUGUUCAAAAAUUCAAAAUCAAACUAAAUAAAACUUCAAAAAGUCGUCUUCUCCGUCCCAUCUAUACGACGGUUUAAUUUUUUUUUACUUUUUUUCCAAAUUUUCUUUCUGUUACAGUCCACUUUCUCUCUCUAGAUCAGACCACUUUCUCUCUCUACCUAUACAUACACAUACACACACAUCCUCCCUAUAUCUAUACAUUUCUCUAUUUCCCAUUUCCCUUCGCAAAUUUGAACCGUCCGAUCAUCGUUGGUGAGAUCUGAAGGGUGAUUGAUUGAUGGCGUUAUCAGGGAUGAGAGGAUUGUCGGUGUUUAUAAGCGAUGUUCGUAAUUGCCAGAAUAAAGAACAGGAACGUCUUCGUGUUGAUAAAGAGCUUGGUAAUAUUCGUACUCGAUUUAAGAACGAAAAGGGUUUGACACCAUAUGAAAAGAAGAAAUAUGUCUGGAAAAUGCUGUAUAUUCAUAUGCUUGGUUAUGAUGUGGACUUUGGUCACAUGGAAGCUGUAUCUCUGAUUUCUGCUCCAAAGUAUCCCGAGAAGCAGGUUGGAUAUAUAGUGACAUCAUGUUUGCUCAAUGAGAAUCAUGAUUUUUUGAGAUUAGCAAUCAACACAGUACGCAAUGAUAUAGUCGGACGCAAUGAAACUUUCCAGUGUCUUGCGUUGACAUUGGUUGGAAAUAUUGGGGGAAGGGAAUUUGCAGAAUCUCUAGCUCCUGAUGUUCAAAAGUUACUUAUAUCAAGUAGUUGCAGGCCAUUGGUGAGGAAGAAGGCUGCACUAUGUCUCCUACGUCUUUUUAGGAAAAAUCCUGAUGUCAUGAAUGUAGAUAGCUGGUCAGAUCGGAUGGCACAACUGCUAGAUGAACGGGAUUUAGGUGUCGUGACAUCUUCCAUGAGCCUUCUAGUUGCAUUAGUGUCAAAUAACCAUGAAGAGUAUUGGAGUUGUCUUCCCAAAUGUGUUAGAGUAUUGGAAAGGCUUUCGAGGAACCAAGAUAUACCACAAGAAUAUACCUACUAUGGGAUCCCAUCUCCCUGGCUUCAGGUAAAGACUAUGAGGGCUCUUCAGUAUUUUCCUACUAUUGAGGAUCCAGAUACUAGAAGAUCAUUGUUUGAGGUUUUGCAACGGAUAUUGAUGGGAACAGAUGUGGUAAAAAAUGUGAACAAGAACAAUGCAUCACAUGCUGUCCUCUUUGAAGCGCUUGCUCUUGUCAUGCAUCUUGAUGCCGAAAAAGAGAUGAUGUCUCAGUGUGUUGCAUUGCUUGGGAAAUUCAUUGCUGUACGUGAGCCGAAUAUUCGCUAUCUUGGUUUGGAGAAUAUGACUCGGAUGUUGAUGGUCACAGAUGUACAGGACAUCAUUAAAAGACAUCAAGCACAGAUUAUUACCUCACUUAAGGAUCCUGAUAUCAGUAUAAGAAGACGUGCCCUUGAUUUACUAUAUGGAAUGUGUGAUGUUUCAAAUGCAAAAGACAUAGUGGAAGAACUGUUACAGUAUCUUAGUACAGCAGAGUUUGCGAUGCGUGAAGAACUGUCGCUCAAAAUUGCAAUUCUUGCAGAGAAAUUUUCUCCUGAUUUGUCGUGGUAUGUAGAUGUCGUUCUUCAAUUAAUUGACAAGGCUGGUGAUUUCGUCAGUGAUGACAUUUGGUUCCGUGUUGUGCAAUUUGUUACAAACAACGAAGAUCUACAGCCUUAUGCAGCUUUGAAAGCCAGAGAAUAUCUUGAUAAGCUUGCCAUUCAUGAAACAAUGGUGAAGGUCAGUGCAUAUAUCCUUGGAGAAUACAGCCAUCUUCUGGCUAGAAGGCCUGGAUGUAGUCCGAAGGAAAUCUUUAGCAUCAUCCAUGAGAAGCUCCCUACUGUUACGACUUCAACAAUUCCUAUUCUUCUGUCAACAUAUGCCAAAAUCUUGAUGCACACACAACCUCCAGAUCCGGAGCUACAGAAUCAGAUUUGGGCAAUAUUCAGGAAAUAUGAAGGCUGCAUCGAUGUAGAGAUUCAGCAACGGGCUGUGGAAUACAUUGAGUUGAGUAAGAAAGGUGCAGAUUUAAUGGACAUCCUAGCUGAAAUGCCAAAGUUCCCUGAGCGACAGUCGUCACUGAUAAAAAAAGCUGAGGAUACUGAGGCUGAUACCGCUGACCAAAGUGCAAUCAAGUUGCGCGCACAACAGCAAAAUUCUAAUGCUUUAGUGGUGACAGACCAACACCCUGCUAAUGGAACUCCACCAGUCAGCCAUCUAGGUCCAGUAAAAGUUCCAACCAUGAGCAAUGUGGAUUGUGAUUCAGUGGAUCAAAGGGAGACUCAGUCAAAUGGAUCUUUGACCGUUGUGGAUCCUCAACCCCCUUCGCCUGAUGUCCUGGGUGACCUCUUAAGCCCUCUGGCAAUUGAGGGCCCUCAGCCUGCUGACUACCAAUCUGACCAUAAUUUGGGUGCUGGUGUUAAAGGUGCUGCAAUCGCGGAGGAGGCACUAGCACUUGCACCUAUUGAAGAACAGAUGAACACAGUCCAGCCAAUAGGAAGCAUUGCAGAAAGGUUCCAUGCCUUGUGUUUUAACGAUAGCGGUGUACUAUAUGAGGAUCCAUACAUUCAGAUUGGCACAAAAGCAGAGUGGCGGGCACAUCAUGGACGACUUGUCCUGUUCUUGGGAAAUAAGAAUACAUCUCCACUUGCUUCAGUGCAGGCUAUAAUCUUGUCUCCAUCUCAUUUGAGGACGGAACUGUCAUUAGUACCUGAGACUAUUCCUCCACGUGCGCAGGUUCAAUGUCCGCUUGAAAUUGUUAACCUACGUCCAAGUAGGGAUGUUGCUGUUCUUGACUUCUCAUACAAGUUUGGAACUCAUUUGGUUGAUGUUAAACUUCGCCUCCCUGCUGUGUUGAAUAAGUUUUUUCAGCCUAUAUCAGUUUCUGCAGAAGAAUUUUUCCCACAAUGGAGAUCACUAUCUGGGCCGCCAUUGAAGCUUCAAGAAGUGGUUAGAGGUGUAAGACCAAUGCCACUUUUUGAAAUGGCGAACUUGUUCAACAGUUUCCAGUUGGUUGUGUCUCCAGGACUGGAUCCAAAUCCAAAUAAUUUGGUUGCUAGCACAACUUUCUAUUCAGAGAGUACACGAGCCAUGUUGUGUUUGGUAAGAAUAGAAACAGAUCCAGCUGAUAGAACUCAACUGCGUAUGACCCUAGCUUCUGGAGAUCCUACACUGACAUUCGAGUUGAAGGAGUUCAUUAAGGAACAACUGGUUAGUAUCCCUAUAGCUCCUCACGCGGCUGCACCACCUGUACCUUCACAGCCUCAGCCAACAAGUCCACCACCACCAUCAUCAGAUCCUGGAGCAUUGCUUGCUGGUUUGUUAUAAGUGGCUCUAAAUAAGUUGAGAAUUAUAUCCACAGUCAACAGUUGUAAAAUUUGUUCCUACUGCAAGCUGAAACAUCCCGAAAAGGCAAGAUUGGCACCUAACAACACGAUGCUAGGGCUGGCGAAAGCAGGGUUGACACUGAUUGACAUAGCGUGUGAUUGGAAAAUUCCUGGGAUGGGUUCAGUUGAAAUUUUGAGAUUCUUUUGCACAGAUGUGUUGUGUUUUGUUGAGGUUUAUAGGUUUUAAGUGAUAGGGCCUAUUUAUUUUAUUUGGCUCCCUUCAAAUUUUCAUCUUCAUGUAGUUGGGAUUUUACACCAUUGGUUUCUGUCAUGUCGAUAGCGCAAGGUGUUGCAAGUGUUGCUUUGUUAGAUCAUCCUCCCUAUGUAUUGUACAAGAAUUAUAAUGAGGAAAAAGAAGUAAUUGGUGAUUGAUUCUUUUCUCAA